CCAUAAAAUUAAUUUUAUAAAUACCUGUAAAUCGUUUAUUAUCAAGUAAUAUUUAUUUAUUGUCACGUAAUAUUUGUUUAUUAUCAAGUAAUAUUUGUAUGCAUCUGGAAACCGUGAUUUCUAAGUAUACAUCUACCAUGCUGAAGAUCAAGUAUACAAUUUUAACUAACAUCGCAGAAUUCCAGCUAGUAACAGGUUCAAUCUCUCAAUGUUGUUCCUGUCUAGUUCUGGAGUUUCAAUAAUGCGAUGGAAUUCUCUCAGCUGUCUACAAAAUCUGAUCAGAUAACAGCUCAUUUGUAUGAUAUAUUGUCAUGGAUAUGUAAUAGGCCCCAAACUGCUAACACUAAUGCAAAUGUCCAAUUUUCAUUGCCAUUUUGUGUGGUGUCAAAUUGAUUGGACUUUGGGCUCAUUGGUGGAAGUGGUGUGGCCAUACAACGCGCUUAUAUUUUAACAGAUACUUUACACGCAAUGGAAACCAACACGGAAGAAACAACUAUGGAAGUUGAAAGCAAUACUAAAGCAGAAAAUAAUAAACAUACUCAAAAUUGGAAUACUUUGGAUUGGCAAGCGAAUCCUAAUUUACAAGACAAGAAAAAGUGGGAGACUAUACGUAUUAAAUCUGAAUUAGAUAUUAAAAUAUCACCUAGUCGCACUGGUACACCCGACGACAACCAUUCCAGUGAUAUGAUGGAUGAAGAAAAUUCAUGUGACGAUAAUAAAGACCCUUUAAAAAAUGUUUUACACAAUGGUUCAUAUCAGGGAACUUCAAAAUACAAUGUAGGUGCAAAUGCCACUUCGGAUGAUUUACGACAAUUUGACGUGCUGGAUGACUUGGAUCGCCAUCCGGAACAGAAUGAAGAUUCCGAAGGAGAUUCAAAUUCAGAUGAGAGUAUGGACUCGGAUGUGCCAGAUGAAGAAAUUGAAGCGAUGCUAGAAGAAGGUCUACCGGAGCAGUUUAAAGGAAAGAGAAAAGACAAAAAGGAUUACUUACCUUAUGAAGAAAAGGAGAAACUUGUUUUAGACGAGAUUGGGCACAAUCAUUUUGAUGUUCUUCCUGAGGGCUGGGUACAAGUGACACACAAUAGUGGAAUGCCGUUAUAUCUUCAUAAACAAAGCAGAGUUUGUACAUUAGCAAAGCCGUAUUUCCUUGGACCAGGAAGCGUUAGAAAACACGAAGUUCCUGUAAGUGCCAUACCUUGCCUGCAGUACAAAAGAGCAUUAAGAGAAGAGGAAGAGGAGCGAAAGAAAGAGAUGGAACGUCCAGUGAACACUGAAGCUUGUAAUCUUCCUAGUGCAAAAAUUGAAACUAUACAAGAGAAUCGCGCAGCACAGUCGUUAGAUAGCGGACAAUUAAGAAACUAUUGUCAGUCUUUAUUUCGUUUCAAAGCUAUUAAAGUAAUGAGAUUUCAAUCCUGGUCAGCGCGUCGGAAGUAUACGAAAAAUAAAAAGCAUCGUAAACAGGUUGAGCGUCCAACUCUACCAGACGGCACAAAAUUAAUAACUUUCCCUGUUGGUAGUUCUGGUGCAAGUGGCAGCGGAAGUACCGCCGGAGAUGAUAAUGGACAGAGACCUGCAAAACACUGGAUAAUGAAUCCGUCGGGCAAAAGUUAUGUUUGCAUUCUUCAUGAAUAUGUGCAGCACGCGCUGAAGAAACAGCCAACGUAUAAAUUUAAAGAACUAGAAAACGCAGCGACGCCGUAUUCCGCGGUAGUUUGUAUCAACGAUAUGGAAUAUGGAAGCGGAUUUGGCAGGAGUAAGAAGCAAGCAAAGGCCAAUGCAGCCCGAAAAACCCUCGAAAUUUUAAUUCCACAAAUGAAAGAUAAGAUUUCCGGUGACAACAGCGGAGAUAACAGUUCGAAUAAUGCCAGUCGUACGAUAAAAGCAUCCAGAGGGAAUUCCGAUGCGGAUCUUUCGUUCUUCGAUGAAAUAUCCAUCACGGAUCCGCGUGUUGCAGAAUUCUGUGCAAAAACUACAGAGCCUUCUCCACACGCUAUCUUAAUAACUUGUCUUCAAAGAAAUUAUGGUUUAGGAGACAUGCAUAUUAAUUAUUCGGUAAAUACACUGAAGCAUCAACGAAAUGAAUUUACAAUGAGAGUUGGAAAACAUGAAGCUACUGUUGUUUGUCGUAAUAAAAAAGACGGUAAGCAACGAGCAGCACAAGCAAUACUACAACUCAUACAUCCACAUAUACAGUCUUGGGGUUCCUUGCUGCGCCUUUAUGGAUCUCGUAGUGUCAAAUCGUUUAAGGAAAAGAAACAAUUGGAACAAGAGAUUACCCUUUUGCAAGGGAAAGCCGCUGUUAAUCAGCCGAACCAUGCUAUUCUAGGUAAGCUUAGGGAAGAGAUGGGUAAAUUAUCUGAACAACGUCAAGCAAUACAACCUAUUGGUAAGUUUGUUCCACCAGAUUUACCAACAGGAUCCGCAGCUAAUUUGAAUAAUGUAGAUUUAUAAAGAACUAGUCCGAUAGACGAUUAUGUUAAAUUAUGCAAAACUUGAUUCUCUCUAAAAAUUCAACACAUAUAUUGUGUUUUAGAAAUUAUAUCUUCGAUUAUACAGUUGUAGGCAAACAAUUUUAUGAUUUUUUUAUAAGUGUUUUAAUACACUAUAUUAUGGUAAUUCUUAGACUAUAUUAUUAAGUAUAUUUUUAAAGUGACAAUUUACUUUUUUAGUUUCAAGAG